CUUUGAUACAAUGGCACCGUCCAUUCAAAAAUUAUAAGCCCUGUCCACACUACACAAACUAACCCAGGUUCGCCCCAGGUUUUAGCUAACCCAGGUUAAAUUUUGCAGUGUGGACACAACUAACCUGGGUUCGCCCUGGGUUAGUUUAACCCAUCUCCAGAGGUGGGUUAAACUAGGUCGAACCCAGGUUAGUGUUCCGAAUUUCUAGUGUGGACACAAAACCUGGGGCGAACCUGGGUUAGUUUUUAAACGCAUGCGCAUAUUUGAAUGUGUUUUCAUUUUGCGCGCCGAGAAAUGAAAAUACGUUACAUACAAACACCAGGCAAGGUUCAAAUAAAUAAAAUAGAAUAUAUGAAGAUAUGGAAACUUGCAAAAAAGAUCGUCGAUCAACAUGGAGCCGCGUUCUCAGCUUAAUAAGUAUCUGCCGCACCAUUAGAUGUUUCUUGCGAAUAAAAUGCAUUGCCAGGAAAUACAUUUUGGACAAAAUACAAUAAACUGCGACUUCGGCAACUUCCAUCUUGAUCGUGUUUGUGGAAAAUUUGUUUUGUUGUCGUUGUUUUUUUGUUGUUGUAAUUUAACUACGCAUGCGUAGCAUCAGCUAACCUGGGUUUGCCCCGACUUUGUGUCCACAGUACAAAGCAUGAAAAUCAAGUGUGGACAAAGCAGGGUUCGCCCUAGGUUAAAUUUAACCUGAGGCGAACCUGGGUUAGUUUGUGUAGUGUGGACAGGGCUAUAGACUAUAGACUUCUGAGCUAGCUACAGUAAACAUCCUAACAUAAAAUGUUCAGUUCGCAAGUAUAGAUGAAGAUAUAGGCCCAGAUAUUGUUUUCCCUCAGAAAUAAAAGACAGUUUUUAAAUUCAUGCGCGAGGAUGUAGAAGAAUGUAAUUCGAGGAAUUCAUUUUUGUGAAAAAGAACUUGAGAUAAAUUUCUUGAACGUCUUUUGUUUUGCUCUAAGGCUUCGUUAUCUUUUUAGACAUUGCGCUUAGAUAUAAUGUAUAGACUUGCUAUACACUGACGAGUUUAUGAGUUACGUUUGCUUUCACGCGCUCAAAGGUUUUCUGUGUGUGAAACACCAGGAGGUUUAAGAAGCUAUCGGAAGAUGACGUUUUAACUUUUAUGCCUGUGUCUACAUCAAUAAUUGUCACUAGAAUAUCCCCAUUAUGAUGAAAUGUUUUGGCGGUCCAGUAGGCUUUCUUUUUUCGUUAUCUGUUGAUAGAUGUAUAAUAGCUUCCUUUAGGUGAAAUGAAAUUCGGUUUUAGCUUCUUUUUCCUCAAGCAGAGAGUUUCGAGGCUUUUCUUCUUAUAAAUAAUUUUUUCCGGGUCUUUUUUUUCUCUGUCCUUUGAAGGGAAAAAUAUCUACAAAAUGUUAGGAAUCAGCCGAAACUCGUGACGUCAUUGCCUCAGAACAGUGAGUGAAAUUUGAAUUUUUGUGGUUAUGCCUAGCCGAUGAUCAUCAAAUGUUGGAAGAAAGUAAAAACUGGGAUUUAUGAAGUUAGUUUCGAGAAAAUUGGAAGGGUUUAGUUACGAUCAUGUCACUUACAAUGAAAAUUUUGAGCGUUUUUACAUUUGUUAACCUGGACUACAUUCAACUUUUCUGUGUGUAGAAUUACCCAGAGGGCCAUUCCCACUAGUUUUAACUUGGACCUUAUAUGGUUAACCGAUACUUAACCGAUAAUAUAUACGCAGAAACUAUUCUAAAAUAUGCCGGAAACCAAGGGUUAUCAAGAAUUAUAUCGGAAAGAAAAAAGUCUCGUGGGUUUUCGUAAAUAGAAAUGUGUCUAGACAUCAAAACUUUAAUGUUCCUGCUCGUGUUAUCAGUUGUUUUCGUCGUUUACAAAGGACAAUAUGCAACCCUCUUUCAAACAUAUACAAAAGAAAGGAUACUAUGGGAGAAUGACCAGCAUGUUAUUGACAUCAGGUCUUUUGACAAGAAGGAGACCAACAGUGAAAUGUCCGACUGCAGAUUUGCUUUCGAUUUCCUAAAAGAGCUAAUAAAGCAAAUCAAGCCAAUCAAUAGGGCGGCUGUCGAUGUAGCAUUUCGUAGGCCCUUCACGGGAGCAAUACGACAAGGGGAAGUUUGUGCCGACUCCAUGGAUGGUGCCGAAAGUGACCUUGUUGGAAUUGGCCAAUGCCACGGCCAAGGAAGGAACCAGGAAUGGACAUUUACGGAACUGAAACAAAUACAAAGCGAAGGAACAGGGACAUUAUGCCUAGCCUGGAUUAAUUCUUUGAAUGGCGGGGAAAAAAACAUCAUUCUUCAGAAAUGCAAUACUGUUAAUAUCAAACAGAAAUGGCAUUUUGACAAAGCAAGAAAACACUUGAUGCCAACUGUAAAUCCAAGAAUGUGUGUAACAAGCAAAGAUACAAUUCUAGUGCUUUCAAAGUGCAAUUCUAGUUUGAAAACCCAAAUGUGGACUGUUGUGAUGACCGAAGUUUUAAAUAUAGAGCUUCAGGUAGGACACUAGGAAAGUUUAUCAGCAAAACACAUUCUUCAUAGCUUUUAUUCCAUGGGAGACAAGAGUUGGCAAAUGCCCCCCCCCCCACCCAAUGGUAAAAUAAAAUAUAUCUAAAAAGGGGUGUUUUCUGGUGUUCAAAAGGGUGCGAGCCUCCAAGUUGUGUCCCUCUGAGAUAAAUAGAACUUCUGAUAGAAGGGUGAUACACAAUAGAAUUGAUAACAAUACAUUGCUAUUGAUAACAAUACAUAUGCAACAUUGAUAGCAAAGAUAACAAACUGUAAAGCACUUUGAUUUUAAAAAAAAGUACAACUGAUUAAUUUAAACAACUUUGGUCAAAUAACUUAAGAUAAAAUUAUUAAUAACUAAGACGAGACCAUACGGAAAAUAUUUUUUCCAAAAAAACUUUUUUAUAUGAAAUCAAAAGUUUGUUAACUAUAUUUCUCACUAGGUUGUACAAACAGAAAGGUCGGCAUGGUGUGAAAAGCAAAUUCAUUUCUAUCCCCAUUCCCGGCUCCAUUCCCGGCUCCAUUUCCUGCCCCAUUGCCAUUCUCUUUUCUUUCUCAAGCCAAAACUAGGGCCAAAGCUCAUUGCAGCCCUUAGCAAAUCUCCAGCCAAUCUUGGCCAUUUUUGUAACUGUUUUCAAGAAAACACAUGAUACAGGGAUGGGUAUAUGCAAAUUUUUAAAAAAAGAAACCUUGCUAAAAAGUCCAUAAUCUUGCAUUACAAAUAAAGGAAAAGAGCAAUUGAAUAGAGCAAGGAAAAAAGUUACCAUAGAAGUUUAAAUACGGUAAAAGCUCUAUUAAGCGCCUUCUCUCUAUUAAGCCCCUUUCCCUAUUAAGCCCCUCCUUAUCAAGCAAAAACUUAAAAUAAGCCCCCACUCUCUAUUAAGACCUCCCUCUUUAACCUUUGUUGUCAAACAAGGUAAACAUGCGCAUUUAGUGGGUCUCUUGAUGAUCAUGUGCAUUAAAUACGGCCCAUGUAAAGACUUACUUGUGCAACUAAGCAGUCAGUCAAAAUUUGUUUAGAAGAUGUCCCAGGGUUAUCCACUGAUCCUGGUGAUUUUGACGAAGAUAAGGACCUUAUAAUUGAUGAAUUAGCCUUUCGAAGUUGCUAGUGAAGUUUUCUGAGAACAUUUGAAUGAAAUUUUUAUAACAAAAAAUAGACAAGGGCAUUGUUAAAACAUUUUUACUUCAAGUUUUUAAUAAGCCUCCUCUCCCCAGGGGCUUAAUAGAGCUUUUACCAUAUAUUAGUCUGUCUGUAUUUGCAUUCUUAAUUUACUAUUAAAUACUUGACUGUGGCAAGUUGUCAUGUAUUUUUAUGCCCCAAGACCUUCAAAUUUCACACCCCAAGAUCACGAACAAUUUCUACUGUAAACUUUUGAUUCACUGACUCUUUUUUAUCACAUGCAACAACAGUAAGUGCCUUUGGGUUACCAGCAGUGAGACAAUUGUUUGUGUCUUGUGAAAUUAGCAUGUUAUCUUUGUAUGACCAUUUCUAAAAAAGAAAGGCAACAGUUGUACACAUAUUUAUAAUAGUGAUGAUGAAAAUAAAAGUGAAAAUGAUCAGUGAUCAUUCUUAAUAACAUUGUAAUUAGAUGGCAUAAGAUAAUAUUUUUGUGACUAGAUGAAAUUUAUCAUCAAUAUUUGCUAUAUUGCUAUUAUACAUGAGGCCAAAGGAUAGGUUGCUUGGCUAUAAGGAUCUCAUAGACCAUUUCUCAUUGGCAAUUAAGGUAUUGAAGUUACUGGUAAAUAUUAUAAAGUGACUAUUGCUUUUUUAGAUUUCAUGGUAAAUAAAGAUGUUGGUAAAGUCCUUUAAUAGUAUAACUGAUACUUAAAGAAAUCAGAAUACACCAGAGAAACAGGUACAGGAAGCUUAAUUGGAAACGCCAGCAUUUUUGAGGAAAUGAAAUUUAAGCUUUUGGUUUGAAAAAUUUUAAAUGAAGUUUGAGAUUUUUUAGACAUUGAAAAUUGACCAAGACUAUACAUAAUUCACAAAAAAUAAAACCACUUGAUGCAAAAAAAA